CACAAGAAAACGAAUACAGUAGCCAAUCUGUGCACACAUCACAUUCUCUCUUUUCAUUUUCAUGAACAGUAACACCCAUAUGCUGCUGACUCAGCGUUCACCUAAAGAGACAGCGAAAAUGUAGAGAGAGAAGCUCCUGCUUCUCUCUAACCCAAGCUCUCUCAUCUCUACAGCAAACCUUUCUUCUUUGAUUCCCUCACCCAUCUGGUGACUCCUCAUCCCCUGUGGUGACUCCUCAUCCUGUGUGGUGAUUCCUCACCCAAGUGGUGACUUGACUUCCUUGUUUGUUCCCCUUCCUUUGCAUCUGAGUUUCAGCCCUCACAGAUCAAAUUUGUUUUUAGAUCUAGAUCUGGACAGAUUUGUUCUCAUGGUCAUUCUCAGUUUUUGUUCUCCCUUUGCUCCUCAAGAUUCCCAAACCGUGAACAAAUCUCCUUCUUCUUGUCUACCUUGUCCUGCCAUGGAAGAUUUCGUACACCUCUGCAACCACCUCUUCAGAUCUCAGUUUUCUUUGCUAAGAUCUAUUGUGGUUUGGUUGUUGUUAUCCUUUUAUGCGAGAUCUUUUCGUAAUCGGUCAACUGGAGAAUGUAUGGCGGCUCUGUCCGUAUCCUCACCUCUGCAGACCACCCUUGGUUACCAAUCCUUGCUCGCGAUUUCCGUCGGAGCUCCGGUGACGAUUCUGCUAUGGCGGCUGCAAAGUGGAGAGGAAGAAGAAGCUUUGAUUAGGGUUUGGGUUUUGUUGGGUUGCUUGGGCUUUUAGUUUUAAUUUGGUUUUUUUUUAGUUAUUAUCCUACUCAUGUCUUAAUUCUUAUGAAUUUCUGACUUUGAGGGGUUUGUUGCCUGCCCUUGGCUUUGUUUGGGCCUCCAUAUGCCUUUUGGCUUUAUGAAUAUCAGUUUCACGACCAAAAAAAAAAAAAAUAUGCUGCUGACUCAUCAUUUACCCCCCAACUUUCAACCAACCCAUUUUUCCACAGUUUCUCACAUGAUCAUUACACACAUCUGUUUCAGGGUCCAAAGUUUCUGUAUGUCCAUGUCCCCAGAGAAAAAAGCUUGAAAACAAUAUUAAUAUUAAUAAUAAUUACAAAAAAAACAAGAUGUACCCCUCUUUAUAUUGAGCCCACUAAGCAUCAAGCAUUUCUCAGCUGUCCCCCCAAAACCCAAUUCAAUCCUUCUCUCAAGGUUGUUUCUUCUUCUCUGCACUAAACCCAUGAUUUCUGUACCAUGGAAAGCCAUUGCAAUGGCUUUGGUUUUGCUACAAAUUACAGCAGCUUUCCCUCUUUCUGGACUUGAUAGAAUUACCCGGUUGCCGGGUCAACCCCAAGUCGGGUUCCAGCACUAUUCGGGUUAUGUUACCGUUGAUGAGAAAAAACAAAGAGCUCUGUUUUACUACUUUGCUGAAGCUGAAAUUGAACCAGCUUCAAAGCCUCUUGUUCUCUGGCUCAAUGGAGGGCCUGGUUGUUCUUCUCUGGGAGUUGGAGCAUUUUCUGAAAAUGGGCCAUUUAGGCCUAGUGGAGAGGUAUUGGUUAAAAACGAAUAUAGUUGGAAUAGAGAAGCAAACAUGCUCUAUUUGGAGACACCAAUUGGAGUUGGGUUCUCUUAUUCAACUGAUACCGCUUCUUAUGAGUCUGUAAAUGACCAUAUUACAGCCAGGGACAAUCUGAUGUUCUUACAAAAGUGGCUGGACAAAUUCCCUCAAUAUAGAAACAGAAGCUUGUUUAUUACAGGAGAAAGCUAUGCUGGUCAUUAUGUUCCCCAGCUAGCAGAACUCAUGCUCCAAUUCAGCAAGGAGUAUCACUUCAAUUUAAAAGGAAUUGCUUUGGGUAAUCCAGUCCUAGAAUAUGCUACUGACUUCAAUUCAAGAUCCGAGUUCUUUUGGUCUCAUGGAUUGAUAUCAGAUUCAACGUACAAAAUGUUCACUUCAGUCUGUAACUAUUCAAGAUAUGUGAGUGAAUAUUAUAGAGGCUCGGUUUCACCUAUUUGUUCCAAGGUGAUGAGUCAAGUCAGCAGAGAAACCAGUAAAUUUGUUGACAAAUAUGAUGUCACUCUUGAUGUUUGUAUAUCAUCUGUGUUCUCCCAAUCCAAAGUCCUCAGUCCCCAGCAAGUUACUGAGUCGAUAGAUGUAUGCGUGGAAGAUGAAACAGUCAACUAUUUAAACAGGCUGGAUGUGCAGAAGGCACUUCAUGCUCGCCUUGUUGGUGUUCGGAAAUGGGCAGUUUGCAGCACUGUAUUGGAUUAUGAGCUGCUGGAUUUGGAGAUACCAACAAUCACAAUUGUAGGCAAACUCAUUAAGGCAGGAAUAUCAGUCUUGGUUUACAGUGGCGACCAAGAUUCUGUUAUUCCAUUGACCGGUAGUCGAACAUUAGUUCAUGGACUUGCAGAGGAACUAAAACUAAAUACCACUGUUCCUUAUAGAGUCUGGUUUGAGGGGCAGCAGGUUGGUGGGUGGACUCAAGUUUAUGGUAAUAUGCUUUCCUUCGCCACGAUUAGAGGAGCAUCGCAUGAAGCACCAUUCUCGCAGCCUGAAAGGUCACUUGUACUGUUUAAAUCAUUUCUGGAGGGCCUACCGCUACCAGAAGCAUUCUGAUCUACUGAUCAGUUAGAUAGGGUCCAGAUUGAGAUUGUAAGAAGUUUGGUUGCUAUCUGAGCAUGGGAAUUGCAUUUGUUUGUUAUUUGUUUCUUGUCACAUAGGUUUGUCCAUGCUGUGGAAAGUAGAUGAGCUUUGUAAACAUCAGAAGGAAAAAGAAAUGAAAAGAAAGAAAUGAAGUGCUUUAUUUGUCA